AUGUCCAGCGGUCUACCGUUCCUGAACAAAUUGCGCAAGCCAGAACUGGCUGAGAUUGCCGAGCGCACCAAAUUGAGCGACUAUGACGAUUAUAAUAAAAGUGAACUCGUCUCCGCGCUGGAUGACCACCUGAGCUCCAACCGCUCCUGGAGCAGCGACAAGAAGCUUGCCGACUACUACAAGCGUCUCGAUGCGCCUGCUCGUGGGCCAUCGCCCGUUAAGCGCGAACCCAAGGUCGAGCUCACCCCGGCAACCGAGAAGAAGACGCCUGGUCGCAAGUCCCUCAAGCAGAAGGAACCGGUCACCAGCGAAUCCGAAGACGCCAGUACUGUCAAGACCCCCAAGACUGCCAGAACUCCCGCCUCGGCCGUCCGCUCAUCGUCGCGUGCCGUGCGCUCCGUGUUCGAGUCCACAACACAGAACAUGCCCCCAUCCCCAGCCAUCGUGACCGACGCGAUUGACCGGCAAACCACGCGCAUGCGCGAGGGACUCGAGACGGCCUGGACCGAUUCCGGCGUUCUGGAGUACCAGCACGCUCUCCGCGCAUCACUGAGCAGCCUCAAGGCCGUUGAGACCAUCGUCCUGCUCUUCGAGGGAGGUAGUGUCCUGAAAGAACUCAUUCCCCUGCGCUACCUGACCACCACCCCUGCCGUCGAGGCGAUCUACCUGCCCUCCAUCGCCAUCAAGGUUCCGGAUCUGUUCGUCCUGCUAAGCGGGUCUUUCUGGGCUCCCUUCACGCUGUGGCUGUUGAGUGGUCUGGUCCUGCCUUUGAUUGCGGCUUACUUUAUCAACCUGAGCUGGCAGGCUGCCACCGGGGGUGCGGUGCGUCGGGGUCGUUCUGCGGCUGCGGAGCGCGCGAGCUUUGAUCCCCUCACUUUCAACAUUGCGAAGGCCUUGCUCGUGUACAAGGUCUAUGUAGACCGUCUCAGUUUCUCUCUGUACAGCAACUUCACCAUUGCGCGGGUCAAUGCUUCCGUUCCGGGUCACUGGGGUGGUAUGUUGACUGGAACCGCUAUUGGCGUUAUCGGCGCCCUGUACGAGGCCAUCUUGCGACGCCAUUAG